AAACACACACCUUCCCUCCUCCGAUGCAAGAAGCAAAAGAAAGAGUCGCAAACUCAAGUGUUCAGUUGCACAGUCAGUCAUUCACAGGUACACAGGAUACUGAGGUUGUGAGAGAGGACAGGAUACAGACAACAGCCACUGGUUGCUCACAGAUACUCGGCACUGAAGGCCUUCCCUAUGUGUGGCUCUUCUCAAGGCUUAACAGCCGCAUCCUCUCAGUGCACCACAGCCAUGUUAACCUCAGAAAGGUCACCACAAAACUCAGGUAUCACCACAGCAGAGAUGCCAGAGACACAGGAUGUAGACAUGACAUCAUGGAGUGAGGGAGACUUUGAACAAAAGUGCACUUAUAUCGUGAAAGACCAACCUCUGGAGGAAGAGUUGGAAAACGACAGUAGGACACGAGCUGAGAGAUCGUUACCCAGAAACCUCGCCCUGAAACGCUGCCUCAAUUCCACAAAGGUGCUUGGGGUGACCAGUAAAGAGCUGAUUCCUAAGGGGACACGUUUUGGCCCUCUGGUGGGGGAAAGCUACACCAAUGAAACGCUACCGAAAUAUGCUGACAGGAAGUACUUUUGGAGGGUGUUCUUGGAGGGGCAUUUACAUCACAUCCUGGAUGGUUUGAAUGAGGAACGGAGCAACUGGAUGCGUUACGUCAACCCGGCCUGUGCUGUGGAGGAGCAGAACCUGGUUGCGUGCCAGAACGGUUUGGACAUCUACUUUUAUACCAUCAAACCACUUCAGCCAGGCCAGGAGCUUCUGGUGUGGUAUUGCUCUGAAUUCGCCCAGCGCUGUAACUACCCUCCACUGGGCCAACUGGCUAUUGACAGUAUUGAACAGAGUCAAGCUCAGGAGAAGAAAAUGGGGAAACGAGGACAUACCGUCUCUGAAAUCCUCAGAAACGAGCCAUCCAAAGCCCUGACUACCUGCCCCAUAAGUCUGGACAGUCCUUUGUCUCAAACCAACCUCUCAACAGUUUUUCCCCUGUGUCCCCGUGUUGGCUACCCAAUCCAGUCUCAAUCAGAAUCCAUCCAUAGCCAUAGAUAUGCACUUCUGCCGUCCUGUAGCCCCCCAGCUGCCAAAAGACAAGCUCUAAGUAGUCCUGUCCCUUCAAGUGCGCACUUCACCUUUCAACACAGUCAAGGCCCUGUUACAGUCAAACCUUUCCAAGAGCCCUCUGUGCCUGAUCAAGUUCAUCCUGCUCUGAGGCAUGCUCCUUAUCUGUUCAAUCACUAUUCGCUUGGCCUUAACGACAUUCUACCUCGUUCAUACACAUUCUACAGUGAUCGACUGAAAUCUCACUUAGCACUUUCAUCUCAUUUACUUCCUUACAACGGCUAUGGAUACGUCCUCCAACCUCUGAUCAACGGACACAAAGACUUGACUCUUGCAUUAUCCAACACCACACAAGACCUCAUUCUUUCACCAAUCAGUGAGCAUAAAAACAACAAGGACCUCAUAUCUAAAAGGACAAACUACCUCGGGACCCCCUCAGAUGACCUCAGAGAUUUCAAACACUCACCUCCCAGCAUUGUCAGCGCUGAUCUCACUAUACCUGCCAUAUCCAGUGCUUCAUCCAUGGCCACUUCACUCCGCAGAGCACUGCCCUCUCUUGCGCCAGGAGGAUGCUCACCACCAGUGGGCAUGGCUGCCGCUUCAGACUACCUCCCUUCCAAACCAACUUCUGCCACUCAGAGCAAUACUGACGAUGCCAUGGACCUCAGGAAGACCAAACGAGCUGGGCAAAUAAUUGGCUACAAGACUCUGUCCUACCCCCUCACUAGGCAGAAUGGAAAGAUCCGCUAUGACUGCAACAUCUGUGGAAAGGUCUUUGGACAGCUGUCCAACCUCAAGGUCCAUCUACGAGUGCACAGUGGAGAGCGUCCCUUCAGGUGUCAGACCUGCAAUAAGAACUUCACUCAGCUGGCCCACCUGCAGAAACACUACCUGGUUCAUACAGGAGAGAAGCCUCAUGAAUGCAAAGUGUGCCAUAAGCGAUUCAGCAGCACAAGUAACCUGAAGACGCACCAGCGGCUACACUCAGGUGAGAAGCCUUACCAGUGCAAGCUGUGCCCAGCCCGCUUUACACAGUUCGUCCACCUCAAGCUCCACAAACGUCUCCACACCGGAGACCGCCCACACAGGUGUCCUCGCUGCCCUUGUGCUUAUCUCCACUACUGCAGCCUCCAGGUGCACCAAGGCUUCUGCCCUCUCUCCCCCUCGGCCUCCCACAGACACUCAACAGAGGAGUUACACCGAGUUAACUCCGAGAUUGAGAGGUUUGACAUGAGUGAGGCGGCAGAGCACCUCGAGGCCAUGGCUGCAGAGGCCGAGAUGGACAAGGGAAGUGUUAAUGACCUAAUAAAGAAGAUGGACAAUCAUAUUUCUGGCCACCAGGACAAUGGCAGAGAGGAGACUGAAGUGAACAUCUUCAAAGCAAAGGAGUGUUCUGCUGGUCAACUGCAUCAUGGCAGCCCUCUACCUCUGCAUCCAACCAGCAUCAAGCUGGAGUCAGGCUGCACAUCAGAGCCCUAAGACAGCCUUGCUAAUCCAGCCAUAUAAUCCUUACAGGUCAACUCAGCAGCUGUCUGUUACUGCCCUAUUUGAAGUAAAGCCUUAUCUCAAUCAUGGAUUGUCUAGCCUAUACUCUACUGUAGCAUGCAAAGAAUCAAGACUUAACCAGCAUGGUCUGGGACCGGUGACUUGAUUGAUUUAAUGUGUACAUUUUUGUUAAUUUAUUCUUUUGCUAAUGUUAAUCUAAAAUGUAUAAAAACAGAGAUUUGUGACAUAUUCUGCUAUUUGUUUUAUUUCUCUGUAACAUCUUCAUGGAGCAACAACUAAAUAUGUGAUUAUACAAACAGAAAGUUUGUCUGUAGUUGUGGUUUCACUGGGUGACGCCGAGUGUUUCUGUUUGUUUGCAUCCUAAUUAUAGUGACAAUUACUGUACAGACAUUACUAUGUAGUCUAAGUGAGCUUAGUGUUAAGAUAAAAGCACAGACGAAA